AUGAGUCGAGCCCAGCCCAGCCCAUUCUGUGACCUAGCAGCGCAGCCCUGCCUUUGUCUACAUGUACGGUAGAGGGAGAAGACGCAAUCUUGGCUGCCGCUCUAUUGUCUUCUUUUUCUAUCAAUCCAAUUCCCUUGGCGAUUACAAAUCUCUUCCCAUCGAUUGCCGCAUGCCGUCUUCCAUUUAAUUUGAUUUUGGGAGUUUUCCGCCUUGAUCCUGCUUGGCUAAUCUUCUCGUUGAACGGACGAACUUCCACCGGAUCUUGCUCUUUCCCGCAACUAUGGCACGAGUAGAAAGCAAUCCAAAAAGAAUCGAUUGAGAGAUGACAAGAAGGCAACGACAAAGGCAACAAUAGGCUUAUUGGUGACGGAGUCCAAAUAUUUGAUGGAUUUAGAAAGGAAUGCGCUUCCCUUUAAAGUGGGCCAACUUGUCGAGGUCAAAUCAUUCCUACAUGGUUAUCGUGGCGCAUGGUUUCGUUGCAAGAUAAUGAACAUACGUUCAACGAAAGCUGGGAUUGCUUAUUCCUUGGAAUAUAUUGACUUUCCUGAUGAAAAGAUACGAUUGACAAAAUUAUAUCAGAAGGCUACAAAGCUUGGGGAAAAGCAUUUAAUGGUGCGUCCUUGGUUUCCUCCUGUUUAUCGUGAAAGUAAUUUGCCCGAUGUCGAUACCAUCGUAGAUGUCGCUGUUGUGGCGAAUGAGUUGUGGAAGGUAGGAGAUUUGGUGGAUUGGUGGUAUGCUGAUUGCUAUUGGACUGGAAGAUUGACAAAAGUAUUAGAAAAUGAGAAGUUUCAGAUCAAAUUGCUGCCACCUCCUAAGGGUGAAGGGAAUUCUUAUGAUGUUUCAGGCAAAGAUCUGCGACCUGCUUUGAAUUGGUCACCAUUAGAUGGAUGGACGAUCCCUGAGGGAAGUGGAAACUGCCAGCAUUGCGCUCGUUUAAUUAAAUCUUUGAAUCCAGGUAAAGCUUCAGGCAGACUUCAGGAAGCGCGAGACAACAUCCAGACAACUGAUGACAGUGGUCCUUCAGCUUCAUUUGUUUCAGCUAGUUCUUUACCACCCUUAGGGAGAUCAGAGCAACAACCAGAAGGGCCUCUUGGCAGUGGUGUUUCCCAAAAGGUGCAAAAUACUGGGAAAAACUCUGAUACGGAUGUGGCAAACAGUGAUGCUAGUAAAACAAGUUCUUUGGACAGUGUGCCAAUUCCUCGUGUUAGAGAUGCAUCAACUCUGGAAGCUGGAUUAACUCAGGGAAAUGGUCACCCGGAUUAUGGGGCCUUUAAAAGCAUCUCCAAGAAAUUGAAGACUGAUGGAAGUUUUUCCUUGAAUUCCAUGUGCCCCGACAAAGCAGAAGUAGCUGCCUUUGAUUUGGAGGAACUUGUCAACCAAAUUAAAUGGAUUAAGCGUAUUUUAGAGGUGGGUAUGCCUUUGUCAGAUCCCGUUCGACCCUCGUGGAAAUUUUUGGAACAUGAAGCACCUUCCAUACCCAAAUGAACAAAGGGUGUUCAUCCAGUGAAGUUGCAGUAAAAUUUCGAAUCAAUCCUUGGACCUCAGUCGUCGCCAGAAAAUUGGCGAAUUUUCAUUGGCCUCUCAGCAAAACUUAACAGGCCCUUUGUUGCCAUUUCCUGUCUUCUGUGGUCACGGGAUUUGUACAGUUGCUAGCUAUUAGUUUGUAUAGAUGAAGGUAAUCAAUUUUGGGAGCUGUUCAGCUUACUGCGACGCUUGUAAAUGUGUUCCUUGCAAUAGAAGGUACCUGCUGUUGUCCUUUUACGCACUAUCAAACUCUAGUAAUUUCAGUGACCAAAUGUAGCAUUUACCUAGUGUGUUUUUACUACUGUUAUCAAAGCCGGAAUGACUGGCUAGUGGCUAGUUUGAUUGGGA